GCUGGCGGAGGCCGGGCACCAUGCGGCGCGGGGCCAGGAGCGUGCGGGGCAGGGACGGGCCGGCGCCCACGCCCUGCGUGCAGGCCCAGUGCUUCGACCCGCUGGUCCGCCUCUGCGUGGCCUGCCGGCUCUUCCGCACGCCCGAGCCUGGACGCGCCUCGCCUCCCUCCGGCCUGCGCUCCCUCCCCUCGUUCCCCCGUCCUCUCUCCCCGUCCCCUCCGCACGCGCCAGCAGCGGGCCUGAGCAGCCAGGCGCCCGGGACGGCGCUGCAGCCGCAGGAGUCCGUGGGCGCCGGGGCCGAGGCCGUGCUGCCCCUGCCCGGGCUGCUCUUCGGCGCCCCCGCGCUGCUGGGCCUGGCGCUCGCCCUGGCCCUGGCCCUGGUGGCCCUGAUGAGCUGGAGGUGGCAGCGGCGGCGCAGGACGGCCUCCCUAGAGGCCCCAGACGGAGGCCAGGAAGAGGCCCUGGACAAUGUCAUCAUCCCCUCGACAGAAACCCUGGAUGCUUCAGCUCCCAUCUGGUCUCCACCCAGAGAAGACCCAGGCAGCACCCCACCUGGCCACAGUGUCCCUGUGCCAGCCACAGAGCUGGGCUCCACUGAGCUGGUGACCACCAAGACCACUGGCCCUGAGCAACAAUAGCAGUGGAGAGGACAGGAGGGGCCCCUGUCCUGCAUCAGUGUCCCCCCGCCACAAGGGUUCAGAACUGAAUUCAGCUCUUCACUCCAGCACCCACCUGACCUUUUCCUGGGAGCCAGACUGCUCCCCGCUGAACCCUAGAGACACUACAGUACAAAGUGUGUAGCCAUUUGGAAUUGUUUGUGUGUUUACUUUUUGCUUAAGACCAUGCCAACUUUGACUGUUCUUAAAGGUCCUCUCUGCUCCAGUGCUUUUGAAUGACUAGCUCUGCUGGUUUUGGAUAUGGUUUGAAUGUGUCCCCCAAAGCUCCAUGUGUUGAAAUUUAAUUCCCAUCAUGAGAUAUUAUUAAGGGGAUGAAAACUUAAUCUGAUUGUGGCAUUUAGAGGUGGGGCCUUUGGGACGUGAUUAGGAUUAGACAAGGUCAUCUGGGUGACCAUCAUGAUUGAACUUUCAUGGCUUUAUAAGAGAGAGACUAGAAGAAACACACAAUAUAUACUUCUUGUCCUUUG